CCCUCAGCCGCGGCCGCCGCCGCCGCGGGGGGAGGAUGAGGGGGCGCCGCGGCGGGGCUGGUGCUGCAGCCGCGCUCGCCUGAUCGGGCCCGGCGGUUCUCCGCGCCGCCUCCCCGGGGCCGGCCGCCGCGGUGAGUGGAUGCCUAGCGCUUGCCCGCCGCCGCCUGGCGCCUAGCGGGCACCGCCAGGGCAGAGACUCGCGGACGCCAUGAGCUGCUGCAGCUCCGCCGCGCAGAGCUCCAAGCGAGAGUGGAAGCCUCUGGAGGACCACAGCUGCACAGAUGUACCAUGGCUGCUCUUAUUCAUCCUCUUCUGUGUAGGAAUGGGUUUUAUCUGUGGCUUUUCAAUAGCUACAGGAGCAGCUGCAAGACUGCUUUCAGGAUAUGACAGUUAUGGAAACAUUUGUGGACAGAAAAAUGUCAAGGUGGAGGGAAUAGUCAACAGUGGUCUGGACCUUACACACAAGAAGUAUGUGUUCUUCUUGGAUCCAUGCAACAUUGAUCUAGUACAUCAGAGGAUCAAGUCUCUUGCCUUGUGUGUAUCAGCUUGCCCAAGGAAAGAACUAAAAACUCUGGCUGAUAUUCAGAUAUUUGCAGAAACUAACGGAUCCACUCUGUGUAGCUAUGAACUACAGCCGUCAGAAUACACUACAGACCCAAGGGCUGCCAAGUUGUGUCCUAAAUAUCCUGUUCCAGAGAGUGCACCUAUUCCAUUCUUCCAUCGCUGUGCUCCUGUGAACAUUUCCUGCUAUGCCAAGUUUGCAGAGGCCCUGAUCACCUUUGUCAGUGACAGUAGUGUCUUACACAGGCUGAUUAGUGGAGUUAUGACCAGCAAAGAGAUUAUAAUGGGACUUUGCUUGUUAUCACUAGUGUUGUCCAUGAUUUUGAUGGUUAUAAUCAGGUACAUUUCAAGAGUACUUGUCUGGAUUUUAACAAUUCUUGUCAUUCUGGGAUCACUCGGUGGUACAGGAGUCCUGUGGUGGCUCUAUGCUAAGCAACGAAUAUCUGCCAGUGCUGUUGAGACUCAAAUAGCCAAAGACAAUCUUCAGGCUCUCCUGAUCUAUGCCAUUUCAGCUACAGUCUUCACGGUUAUCUUGUUCUUGAUAAUGUUAAUUAUGCGCAAAAGAGUAGCUCUCACCAUUGCCUUGUUCCACGUGGCUGGCAAGGUCUUCAUUCACCUGCCACUGCUAGUCUUCCAGCCAUUUUGGACAUUCUUUGUGCUUAUCCUCUUCUGGAUAUACUGGAUCACAGUCCUGCUUUUCCUUGGUACUACAGGUAGUCCUGUCCCAAAUGAAGAAGGAUUUGUUGAAUUUCGGAUGGUAGGUCCUUUGAAAUACAUGUGGUGGUACCAUGCAGUGGGACUCAUCUGGAUCAGUGAGUUUAUCCUAGCCUGUCAGCAGAUGACAGUAGCAGGGGCUGUUGUGACAUACUAUUUUACAAGGGAGAAAAGGAAUUUGCCAUUUACUCCUAUUCUGGCAUCUGUUAAUCGCCUUGUUUGUUACCACCUAGGAACAGUAGCAAAAGGGUCUUUCAUUAUUACGCUAGUGAAGAUACCACGAAUGAUUCUUAUGUAUAUUCAUACACAACUCAAAGGAAAAGAAAAUGCUUGUGCUCGCUGUAUGCUUAAAGCCUGCAUCUGCUGCCUCUGGUGUCUAGAAAAGUGCCUGACCUACUUAAAUCAGAACGCAUAUACAGCCACAGCUAUCAACAGCACCAACUUCUGCACCUCAGCAAAGGAUGCCUUUCUUAUUCUAGUGGAAAAUGCUUUGCGAGUGGCCGCCAUAAACACAGUUGGGGAUUUUAUGCUGUUUCUAGGAAAGGUCCUGAUUGUCUGCAGUACAGGUUUGGCUGGGAUUAUGUUGCUGAAUUACCAACGAGAUUACACCAUCUGGGUGCUACCACUCAUCAUUGUCUGCCUCUUUGCAUUCCUGGUUGCUCACUGCUUCCUUUCCAUUUAUGAAAUGGUUGUUGAUGUCCUUUUCUUAUGUUUUGCCAUCGAUACAAAAUACAAUGAUGGGAGCCCCGGGCGGGAAUUCUACAUGGAUAAAGUUCUCAUGGAGUUUGUGGAGAAUAGUAGGAAAUCUAUGAAAGAAGCUGGCCGAGGAGGUGGAGCUGAGGGCAGAGAACUAAAACCAAUGGCCUCUGGAGCAAGUUCAUCUUGAAACUAGCCAGCCAUAUUGGAACCCAUUGACAUUCCAAAACAGUAUAUAUAUACAUAUAUAUACAUACAUAUAUAUAUAUAUAUAUAAAUAAACAGCCAAAAUCAGAGAAAAGGAACAGGGAUUUAAUACUUUUUUUAACAAUUAUUUUUGUGAAACAUGUACUCUUUUCAUACGGGUGGCUUUUACAAGCAGCUUUAUCAUUGUUUCAUUUUUUCAAUUAUUCAUUGUGGUCAUGGAAAUGUUGAUUCUUAUCUGCUUGAUAUUUUACAAUCUGGAGGAGGUAUCAUUGUAAAGAUAAUCAGAAAUGAUGACUGGGUUUAGAGACAGAUUUCCCAUGACACUGCUAAUCUGCUGAGAGUUUUACUUGUUUAAUUUGUUUAAAUUUGCGUUAAAUUCAGGACAGUUAUAUGUAAGGAAAGCCUUCAAAUCAAGAAAAGUCUUAGAUUUAGUUUUUCAAAAGAUGGUUUCAGUGAGAGUUUGUUCAGUUCGAAAGGGUUUGUAAGCAGUCAUUUUACUUUACAGCCCCGGUGGGGCACAGUUUUGUUUAUCAGUAUCAGAUAUCACAAUAACCAACUCCUCAGGUAUUCAGGUGUGUGGGAGCCCUUGCAUCUCCUAUUAAACAUAAACUACAAAAUGGGGACAAGUAAUUUUUAUAUGCAAUUAACUUCCUGUUUUACCCUGCUUAGCCCUCAUACCCAUUGCCCUCUAUCCUCCCCUUGAGUUCAGUAGCCUCCUUCACACUUCAGCAGCGUUCCUUUGAAGGGUAUGGAUUCUCUGUAUGAGCAACUGAAGUAACAGAUUGUUAAAGCUCAGUCUUAGCCAUACUCAUGAUUAAUUCAUGACUAGAUAUAAAGAUGCUGAGGGUGGGAAGAGAAAUGAACUGUGCUACUGUACAAAAAGGUACAAAAAAGGAUGUGAAAGGGACCAUACCUUACCUGCCGUUUCAUCCAUAUUUGUAUGUACUGUAGUGGGUGGCUAAAACAGGAAAGGGCAGAGAAACAUUUCUUUGGAAGUGUCACUGCCAGGAUAAUUAUCUAAAGUUAUCAAAUAAUGACAAGAAAAUGUGCUUUUUUAUUAUUAUUAGAUACUUACAUUUCUUUUCAGUCUGAAAGCUCACCAGAUAUGAAUGCUAAUAUUGAAUUGUUCAGCAUAUUGUAAUGGUAAACGCUUAAAAGUGUAUUUGCUAAGAAUUCAUAAUCUGUCUAUGCUAUAUACUCCUUUUGUUACAAUUUUUUUAAGAAAACUAUUUUUGUUAAUAUUUCAGAGCAGAAUUUUUAAACUUAUUGCACUAAAUACAAGCUCUGUACAAAUACAUAAUGCCUCAAUGGUUCGAUCACUCCAUUCAAGAAAACCUUUUGAAAAUGAAAAGCCCUUCUACAGAAGCUUUGUGAUGGAGUGGAGAGGCAUGUCUAAGUAGAGACAUGCACGAGUCGUGUUAUCAAAGUUUAAUAAGUAAGCAGUUAUCUGUGCUUCCUUUCAGAUGAUCAGACUUAAAUUGCUGCCGAAGGUUUAAAAAAAUAUGUAGUCAUGUAGCUAACCACUGCUCUUACCUUUUGGCAAUAGUGAAUUAUUUCACUUCUGCUUCUAGAAGUCAUUUGGUAACUUAAAUUUGUUUAGUUUUCUUUCGGUAAGCUAAUUAAAAGGAUUUACUCUUCAUAUCACAGAACCCAAACUAUAUGAAAGGUAUGAAAAUAAAAAUACAUUUAGAAAUUACAGCUGCUGGGGAGGCAGGGAGACAGAAUUAUCUGAUCCUGCAGGCACUUAGACACUCAUUUAAAUGAACCAUAUCGGUAGCUCCACUGACAUCAGGAGGACAGUUACACAUCCAUGUGAAUGCUAACUGGACUAGAGCUUCAACCUAGGGAUUCAAACUGGAGCACUGGUGAGGCCUCUGAGUGCAAGUAUAAGAGGUCAGACUAUUGAGAAGAAGCACUGGAGUAGCCUUAAGUUUGUGGAGAGGAGGCAUUCCUGCUGUACCAGUGGCUAAGACAGCAGUGGCACUGAACGCUGAUAAUUGUGUACAUCAGUGGGGCUUAGCCACAGAAAUUCAAAAACUGGCUUAGACAAAUCCUAGAAACUGGAUUCCAAGACUAAGAGACUUACCGUGUACCCAGUUGCUUCCAGAGAAACUAAUUUCUGUCUUGUUUGGAAGUUACUGUGGAGGUGCUUUGAUUGAAAGUGCUUGGAUUCUGCUCAUUUUGACAACAAAUACCUGCCAUGACCAGUUCCACCUGUUUGUGUUCUCUGCUCGCCGGAAGUCCUGGGUGGGGCCUUUUCUCUGUUAUUGCAACUAGGACUGCAGUUGGAAACGAGUUUUGUAUUUUUGUAUGACUUGACUGUGCACCAUUUUUAUAGCAGUUUAUCCCGUUUUAAAAAAAAAAAAAAUUGUUUUAUUUACAUGGUGUUGAAAAGAUACAGGCAACACUUUUUUAUGGGUAGUUGUAAUGUUUAAGUGACAAACCUAUAUCAUUACAAAGUUCUUAAUAAAAUUGUGUGCACCAUU